AAAGGACUAGCCUACCUGUGUCGUGCAUGGACCAACCUCUGAAUUCACCGUGUUGCGUGGCGCUGAAUCGGAAUAUCAGCAGUCUUACCUGACAAACUCCCGUUACUUUAAGUCGAGGAAUAGAACGUAACCUUGAAGUACGGGGACACCUGAACAAGAUAACUCACCUGUAAGCGACGUCAUUGCUGUUUUUGUGGAGUGUGUGGGCUUGGGGAGAAAAAGAACGGACACGCACAGAGAAGAAAAACGGGAUAGAAGACUGAAACUGCGGAGCUACAAAGUUUGUUGUAGAGGUGGAGAACAGAAAGGAGGGAGGACUGCGGGAAGAAACAGAAGGGAACGAUCCUUCCCGUUUUUUUUCUUUCACGAGGGGAAGGUAUAUUUUUGAAGUACUUUUUUCACCAGUUUACCUGGAGCGUAUUGAUUCUACACAAACUUGACCGAAGAGGACAGUUUAACCGUAAAAAAACGACCAUGCCGCGAGCCUUCCUGGUAAAGAAGGCGAGAUACUCGCCCUAUAAGCGGAACUGGAGCGAGUUGCCAGACGACGAGCGCGGGGACGUAUAUAUACCAGUGUCUGUCUUCCCCGUGCCCUUAUUGGAGGAAACCGAAGCCAGUCCAGCAGAGACCGCCCCCUGUCUCGCCACGACGACGCACUACGAAUACACCAAAUACACUCACUCGGUGCGCAGCGUGAUGACCUCUACAGCGGAGAUGCCCUCGUGCACGGUGCUGGGUCAACCCCAGAGCCCUGGUCGGGAGUUAGAGGUCACGGGGUUAGAGGUGAAGAGGAGGGCACAGAGCAGCACCUAUGUCCGCUCCAAAAUCAAGGUGACUACAGGUGAGCUACCCAGUCAGAUUCCAAUACCUCCCCAGCCUUCCAUCCCCGAAAUCACCACCACACCUGUUUCCUUGACGACGUCCCCUACUGCCCUGGUCUCCACAGUAACGAAGUCAGGGACAGGUGCUCAGGCGUCGUUUGUGUGCAAGAUGUGUCAGAAGGUGUUCCAGUACCAGAGGAUGUUGAACCGGCACCUGAAGUGUCACAGUGAUACUAAGAGACACCUGUGUAACCACUGUGGUAAAGGAUUCAAUGACACCUUUGACCUGAAGAGACACGUCAGAACACACACAGGAGUGCGUCCCUACAAGUGUUCUCUGUGUGACAAGGCCUUCACCCAGCGCUGCUCUCUGGAGUCUCACAUGAAGAAGAUCCACGGUGUGACCCUGCAGUACGCCUAUAAAGAGAGACGCAACAAACUCUACGUCUGUGAGGAGUGUGGCCACACCGCCCCUUCCCAGGAUACACUGCUCAAACACUACCACGCCCUCCAUCCCAACUCCGUCUUCCUGAGGGGGAAGGGGCUGAAAGGGGGGAGAGGGGCAGAGGGGGAGGAGUCGAUGCCUGGGUCGCCUCUUUCGAAUGACCAGGAUAGUGAUGAUACUACAGGGUCUGGGGUGCAGUAGAAAGAAGGGGCUGAAGGAGAGGGGAAGGGUAGGAAUACAACGGUUGUCUUUUGUCGAAACUGUCGUCGGGUAAAUCUGAAACGUUAAGGGAACGUCCAUUUUAAAUACGAGACCUGUUGAGAUUAGGAUUGAGAUUAUGCCCAGUUUGAGAUUAUUCUGGGUUUCACCUGGAACUCUCCUCCCGAUGUAGAUUAUCUGUACAAAAAAAAAACACAACUCUAUAUAUUCAGUAAAGGGAUUAAUAUAUUUAAAUAUGUACUUUGCUAUGAAUUUAUACAGUGUGUUUUAAUGCUAUUAUGCAUUUGAUUGAUGAAAAUAACCUAUGUUUGUUUUUGGGGUUUACACUACUGAAAGUUCCAAAUGGUGGUUUAUGGGAAAUCUUUUGCACAACUACUGUACACUGUAGUACUACUGUAAGAUGUUGUAUCUACUGCAAUACCAAGGUUGGGCUCAAUUCCUUUUCAAUUCUAGUCAAUUCAGAAAAUACACUGUAAUUCAAAUGCUCUUCUAUGCUUUUUGAGGAAAAUUUGGAAUUGGUUUUACAUUCUGAAUGACUGUACAAUUGAAAUGGAAUUGACCCUUAACCCUUGUCUUAUACAACUGCAACGACUGUUGAAAGAAAGAGAUUGUGCAACAAAGUGCCGGUCAUGUUUACAUUCAUAUCCAAUAGGACUUGGAAAGGAUCCAACUUCUACAGAAGAGAUUACUACUGGAAAAGCACAGUGAGAUUAUUAUAGCCUGGUCCCAGGUCUGUUUGUGUUGUAUAGCCAUCUCCCCUCCACUAUAGCCUGGUCCCAGGUCUGUUUGUGUUGUAUAGCCAUCUCCACUCCACUAUAGCCUGGUCCCAGGUCUGUUUGUGUUGUAUAGCCAUCUCCACUCCACUAUAGCCUGGUCCCAGGUCUGUUUGUGCUAUACUUGCAUACUGGAAAAGCACAGUGAGAUUAUUCUAGCCUGGUCCCAGGUCUGUUUGUGUUGUAUAGCCAUCUCCCCUCCACUAUAGCCUGGUCCCAGGUCUGUUUGUGUUGUAUAGCCAUCUCCACUCCACUAUAGCCUGGUCCCAGGUCUGUUUGUGCUAUACUUGCAUACUGGAAAAGCACAGUGAGAUUAUUCUAGCCUGGUCCCAGGUCUGUUUGUGUUGUAUAGCCAUCUCCCCUCCACUAUAGCCUGGUCCCAGGUCUGUUUGUGUUGUAUAGCCAUCUCCACUCCACUAUAGCCUGGUCCCAGGUCUGUUUGUGUUGUAUAGCCAUCUCCCCUCCACUAUAGCCUGGUCCCAGGUCUGUUUGUGCUAUACUUGCAUACUGGAAAAGCACAGUGAGAUUAUUCUAGCCUGGUCCCAGGUCUGUUUGUGCUGUAUAGCCAUCUCCCCUCCACUAUAGCCUGGUCCCAGGUCUGUUUGUGCUAUAUAGCCAUCUCCACUCCACUAUAGCCUGGUCCCAGAUCUGUUUGUGCUAUACAGCCAUCUCAUAUGGUGUUUGACAAGACUAUAUCCAUAGAAUUGGCAAGACAAUACACAGAUCUGGUACCAGGCUAAGAUUGUAUAGGAUUUACAUACUGAUUCUCAGGUUAGAAUACACUCCACUAUAUAAUGCUGUUGGUUUUGAUAUGUUUUCUAUUAGUGGGGUUAAUGUAUAGAAACAUUAUUAUCCUUUUCAUAUCAAUGUGUUUGAACUUGUUCUGGUUGUUUUCAUAUUUUUUUUCUUUCUCUAAAAGUGUUUUUGUUGUUUUAGAGUGUGAUUUGGGCAGUAGAUUCUUGGCCAGUGUAUGUGUGUAUACUGUAUAAGUGCCUGACUACUUAUAAGGGAAAGACAACCAAAAGGAUACAGAAUUAUAUUAUACUGUACUUUCUGUAACUGUACAAUAUAGUACAUACACUGAAAUAUAUAUAUAAAGAGGUUUUUCUAUUUAUGAAAAGGUGUUUGAAUGACUACUAUAUUAAUGGGAUUUUUUUGUUUUCUGUGAAUAUUUGUUAUUUUUUACAAUCAUUCUAAUGUGACUUGUAUCAAAUUGUAUUUUUAUUAUAUGUAUCAGAACUCGGAAACUCGGAAAUGUCCAACUUGGAAACUCGUAGUAAGAAAAAUUAGGUCAAAUUUUUGGUUCCACUAGGAAAGUAUCAUAAUCAUUAAAAAAAAACGUAUGCAAAUUUGAACCCUCGAGGUUCUGAUUUUCCGAGUUGUCUUGAAUGCGGCAUUUCAAAGACUUUCUUCCCUUGUUGCCAAUUUGACUUGUUUCAGGUCUUGUUUUCCUGGUGUGUUUGAUGGGUGUGGUGGGUUGUGGAUGCUGCUGUAUAUUCAGUGACUCUUACUUUGACAAUCAUGGUGAGGUUGGUUGUUGCUCAAUAUUAAAUCUGUUUCCUGUAAA